CGCAUGAACGUAAAUUGGUCACGUAUUCUACUUCAUGAGUUUGCAAAAACCUAGAGAUGCAUGAAUAACAGCUCAAGAUGAGGGAAUACUUGAAGUCUUUGAGAUCUGUCCCUCUGAUUUGUGUAAAAAUUACUAGCUCAUCAGGUAAAGAAAGCAGUCUAACGGUUUGUUUAAAAGAGACGGUCAAGUCAUUGAAGGAUAAAGCUCUUGGUGGCGAAUGUUCGAAGGAAUCUCCCUUCUACAAACUUAUUCUUGCCAAAUCAAAUCGUGAACUUACCGACGAGAAGACACUAGAAGAGGAAAAUGUUCAAGAAAAUGGUAAGUUUCAUGGUUGACUCUGAUGUUUAGGAAUCACCUCCUAUUUGACGUUGUUUUUUUUUCUUUCCCAGACGAAUUGAUCUUGUUCAAGAAACGUCAAAGCACAACUGCAGAUAUAGCCGAAAAGGUAAGCUUAGCUAUGUGAUGUUACAGGUCAUUUCGUUUGUUAGCAAGUGAGGUUUAUUUUUUUUAUUUAUACCGCAUUAUGCAAUCAGUGCUAAAUGUCGUGAUAACAUAACAGGGAAUUGGUUUAAAAGCACAUCACAUGUUGAUUACAUUAAUUGAUUUGUGUAAUUUGGCAGCUUAUUGGCUCAGUUGUUCUAGUGUAUGUAACACAAUAGUCGUAUAUCCUCGUUUAGCUUUUGUUGUUAGAAAAUGGUCUGAAAACGAUAUCAGAGCGUAACUUGUGAGACAUUAAUAAUUAUUGUAUCAUUAUGGUGAGAAAAAGAUUAACAACAACACAGUGAAUGCAAAAACAGAUUUUGUGUUUUGUUUGCAAGUAGCCGUCAUGAUUGUAUGACCAGGUCAGUGUCAGUCUCAUUUGUUGGCAAGGAAUGAGGAAUUUUUAUAGAUUUUGUUAAUAACUGGCGGCCAUCAAAUAACUUCAUGUACAAUUUUAUGCCCAUUUGCAAGUUAUAAUUCAAAAAUAAUUUUUGGCUGAAAAUUUCUGUACAGUAGGGUUAUAUGUAAGCUUGUGCUUAAUGAUAUUCUUAUGUCCUUUUUUACAUUGUAAAGCGCUUAGAACAGCGAUGUAUAAACGCUAUAUAAAUUCCAUUAUUAUUAUUAUUAUUAUUAUUAUUAUUAUUUAGUCAAUGACAUGAAAAUGGAUGUUUUAAGUUUUUGUGAUUACUGUGCAUGCGCCAGUGUUCACUAUUGCCAUCGAGUUAGUUUUCCAAAAGUAAGUAAGUAACAAUAGGAUAUACUUUGGAGUCCCACAGGCCCCUCGCCUGGAUCUGCCGCUGGUGCCAAUGUGUUGAUCAUUCUUCAUCAUGCGACAAAGUUGCAUGCUUUAAUGGCAAAGGUUAAAAAUGCAUUACGAAUAAUUAUUGAGAAAUGUUGCGAAGCAUUUUAAAGCAUUCAAAUGUGAUAAAAGUGCAUUUUCUCUUCAAUAGUAGUCACACACUCUUCUUGUGCACCUAUUUUUGACAUUUUGUUCUUUAAUCUUACAUCAGACAUUGUAAAAGGGCCUCAGCUAUAUGACUCCUUACUGUACGUUAAAAAAACUACAUACUCAAUUUUUAUCACUGUUUCAGUUAUAAAUUUAAUCCUCUAACUUGAAAUCACGCAGGAAUGUAAAAGUAACAGUUCCCAAGUGCCUGAUCUCAAAAUGGUAAAGAAACUCACUGCAAAACUUGAUGGAGGGAAGGUCAAGGACCAGUUUGCAAGCUUAUCCCCUCCUACUUUAGAUGUAAGUAGGAUUAAUAAUAUUAAACCUGUCAAUGUACUGUAUUCUUGGACAAGCACCUUUGUUCUGUGCCGUCCCUAUCGAGGGUAAUGCUUUAAUGGACUAGUUAGCAGCGUGUGGAGAAGUACAGUUGAGCCUCCAUGUGCGACCACCUAUCCAAAACAGUGAAAUUUUCCCAGUGAAAUCACUUUAGUUGAAACCUUCCUUAAGCGACCGUGACCACUUGGAUGAUGGCUUUUGCAUUUUACACUGUUUUUAUCCUCCUGUAAGCAACUACCUAAGACAUGGUUUAAUCAUUGUGUUUGUUGUACAUUGUAUGUACUACACUACUAAGAAAAUACCAAGACAUAAAACUUUUAGUGGCAGCUUAAAGGGAACGUUUCACGGUUUAGUGCAUGCUCAUGAAUCAAAAUGCUGUUUUCCUGCCAGGACAUGCUGUAUCGUUUAUACAAGCGAUAUGAUAAUGUCAUAAUGUUGUCAAAGAACCAAUCUGCACACUCCCCUGGCAGUCACUUGAUCAACUUAUGUGCAAAUAGCUGUAAAUUCAUCAACAAUAGAAUAGAACCUUUGGGUCAACAAUAAAUUCAACGUUGGUAGUGUUGGCAUGAUGCACUAAUUUUUUCUGCAAUUUUAGUACUCCUCCAUCCUACUUCAGGUUACUCUGAAAUACACUUCUACUUUGAAAUACACUCUGAUAUCGCUGAGAUACAUGUGAGUGGGGUUAUUAACUGAUAGAAUUAAUUAAACUGGAAAAAAGUAAUUUAAUUAAUGAGCAUGCACUGAAAUGUGAACCUGUCCCUUUAAAAUUACACACGUCGUAACUUAGAGAUUGUAUGCAUUGUAUUCUCUUCCAAAAUGUACAUUGUUCUGACCUGUUCUAGAGAGGGCCCUAGUGUGGUUUGAUUACUGUAAGCGACCAACAAAAUCCUCACAUUUUGGGUGGUUGCUGGAGGAUUCAGUGCACUUGCAAUAUAUCUAGUGCUCAGCGGGGUGUGUGUGUGUGUGUGUGUCUGUGUUGGGGGGGGGUUUGAUGGGGAUGAUCAAAGGAUUUUGGGGGUUUGAAAGUCGAUUUUUGGCUGUUACGUUUUUGGGGGCUUUUGUUUGAGUAGGGAUUUUAUGUGAUUUUAUGAGGUAAUCAAAACUAUCUUAGGACUGGUGGUCGUGCCUCCUGGCAUAGUAGUUCUCAGAGUAAAGUACAAGCAAAUUUGUUUUUAAAAACUAUAUUUUCGUGUUAUAUCAUUUACUGCUUUCUGAAAAUUUUUACGGCUAGCACAUUCAGCUUGGGAUAUUUGGGGGGUUAAUUUUUGGUCCAGGGAUCUUUUGGGUUUUGAUUUUUGCCCUCAUUCGAUCAUCGCUGUCACUUAAAAUCCAGAGUACCUCCCCCCCCCUCCCGGGAUCUAGUGUGCUCAUCUUAUACAUCAGUCAAUUCCAACUGCACUCAUGGAGCUGGCAUUGAAGAGACCUGGCCCUGGUCGUUCAAACAGCGGAUAACUCUAUCCAUGAGAUAAACCACCAUCCAUUGAAUAAGUAUCAGGAAAAAUGACUGUGCUUUCAACUGGACAGAGAUUUACAUGUAUCCAGUGGAUAUCAUAAUCCACUUUUUGGACCAACUGAGGUCCAGAUGGGACAAAGCUAUUUUAUUGUUUGAUAUAUCUAAGCAUUGUCUUAUUAAUUGAGACAAAGUUAAGGAGAUGGUCAUUGCAAAUUGAACCUUGGUUCAUUUCUGUCUUUUGGGUAAUUUUGCAAACCUCAAGCUAUAUGGUUACAAAAUAGCACCUUACUUUUUCUUUCCACUUUUAGUUCAAUUCUGAACUCAGAAGAAUUCUCAUCUCCCUUAUUGAUUCUUCCAUCCUGCUUCAAUCUGUGAAUGAAGACAAGGAAACUGCUGGUAGUUCAGGUACAGAUUCAAAAGGGUUAUGUGCAUUGUUAAAAUUACUGUAUGUUUGGAAAUAACGUAGUUUAUAGAAGCCCAACAAGACAUCUGCGUGUACAGGGUUUGCAAAUUUUAUUGAUGGGUGAAGUCAAUGUGACUUCUGCUUCACAAACUUUGGAGUCAUUUUGGAAUAUUUUGAGGACUUGUGUAACACAACGAAAAAAAAAACAAUGUAAUAUUGCUUAAACAAGAGUUAAAAAAAAUUAUUUGACAGCUUUGGAUAACCUUUUUGAUGAGGAUGCCAUUUCAGCGGAUGGUUCUGGCACUAUAUAUCAUUAUGGAAACAUGAGGUAACUUUGGCCUCAUAAUUAUGAAGAGUUGGCUGACCUCGAAAUGCUCAAAUCCAUGAUGAUGAUCAUGAAUCAAUUGAUCGUUAUUGUAAUUUAGACUCUACGUGUUUAAACAUUAAUAAUUCUUCAAUUAAGGUGGUUUAAAUCAGGUUUACAACAUUUGCAGUUAAUGCAGUAAAUUCUACUUUAGUGCUAAUAUUCUUGUUUUUAAGGGUACAGCUGUAUGUAAGAACUUUUAACACAUACUGUCUUUUUAGGUCAGGAGGAAGAUUUGCAACCAAAUGUUGACCCUGUAAGUGUACUGUAAUUUACAAUGAUGGGAAGACGAUAAUCACAAAAAAUGCUUAUAACACCAGUGUCAUUACUAAUGGCCCUAAUUUGUAAAACUUACAUGUACACAGUCCAACCCAGAGGAAAUCUAACCACCUGUAAGCUGUAUACAAAGUCUUCUAUACACCUGUAAGCUGUAUACAAAGUCUUCUAUACAUGUACUGUGUUAUGGGAUGAUUAUUUUAAAUUGCUGGCCUCAUAAUUGCUGGUGGUCUCCUGGGCUUUUGGUUGUAACAGGGAUGUGUCAAGUCAUGUUUAUAAUGUUAUGGCCAAAAUUUAACUCAGGUUAAACCGUUUUGACUUAAAUUGAUUCACAAUUUCCUUUGUUCCCUAUCCCUAUAAUUGUUGAUGAGUUAGAGUUAGGAGACAAGGCAAACUGAGAAUCAACCUAAGUUGAGAAAUAAUUUUUCACCUAAAUUUCAUUUUGCCAUUUAAACAUAAUGCAAAUGUAUGUUGUUCAAAUUUUUUCACCUCGCUUCAAAUUUUACUUUCUGCUGUUUUGAAGUGCAGUAAUGAAUGUUUAAGUGAAAAAAGUAAAAUGUGAUCCAAGGAUUAUUUACACCACAACAUAAUAGCAUAAUCAAGAUGUAUAUCCUUGUUAAUUAUAAAAUAUGCAUUUUUUUGUUCCAGACCAUCCUUAAACAGCUAACAGACAUGGGUUUCAAAGAAACCAGAGCCAAGAAAGCCUUGUUUUUAAACAGGUGCUGUAUUGUAGGGUACAGUCUAGUUGGAAAGGUUUUAACGAAUUUACAAUGAUUACUCAGGGAUUUUGUUACGGAACUGCUAUGGUACUGUAAGUCCUGGAACACAUCUCGCGGAAAAUCAUGUGUCCAAUUCAAGGUAGAAUCAGUGAGUCCCAGUCCAAACACCAAUGUUUGCAUGGAAAAGCUUAUGUUUGUUUCUUCAGAAUUUACUUCUGGAGCUCUUUUGUAGCAGAUUAUGUUACUGUCUGGGCUUCAGGUAGAUCUCAUCACAAACAAGUCACAAACAGUUUAUUCUUUAACAUCACCUUCAGACCACUAAAUUGAUUUUUCCAUCCUACAGGAAGUGUCUUUUAAUAAUAUUGUGCACCUAAAGGCAUUUUUAUGUAUCAAAGAUGCAGACGUAGUGUACACAACAAAAUCACUGAAUACUUUUCAUGAUUGGUUUUCUAUGAAUUUUUCUUGUUCAGAAUCACCAAAAAAAUGUAUGUGUUGUUGUUAUUUGUAGAAAAAAGACAUUUUUGUACUCUAUGUUGAAAUAUUUUAAACCUAAAAAAAUGAAAACAAAAGAGAGAAAUGAAAUUAAUAAUUUUUCAAUGUAAAUGCCAUUUUGAUUUAGUGAGUUACUUGGUAAAAGUUAGAAAUGCAACUUGGGCAUCAUAAUCUGCAUUAUUAAGUUAGCAUGUUAAAGGAACUGUUAGAUUGCUGAGUUUUGAGCAAACCAGUGUUUGCUGUGGAAAAGAAGUUUUUGCACACAUUAAUUCUGUGGUUAAACUAUAUUUUUAUGUUUUUUGUUUGAUUAUUUGAUAUACGUUUUUUUGGCUGUUUUAUCUUUAAUGUGGUAGGUUUUCAUAACGUUAACAGCAAUUAGAACAUCUCUAAAGCCUCAUAUAACUAAUGUUUAAUGGGGCUUUGUUAUGCUUUUUGCUGUCUCUUUAAAAAGCUUGAACGUUUUCCACAUCAAUUGAAUUCCAAACAUAAUGGUCCAGUUUCGUUACUGAAACUGUUUCCUGUUGUCUGUUGCAAUGGAUGGCAUUUGAAUGGACAUGGAUUGAAACUUCAAAAGUGGGGCAACUUUUCUCAAAUUGAUAGGGCUAGUGUUCCCUUCUGAAAUUUGUUUUAUAUCUUCUUCAUAACUGUACAGGAGCAUUUUGUGUACGAGUAAAGGCACCUAAGUAUUAACUUUUGCCUAGAAGAAUUGACUAAAAACAUUAAUAUCCUCAUUGGUAGCUGUAGAGAUUGUUUUACAGAAUUUGCGUAGUAGGUGCAUAUGUACAUUGGAAGUCUAAAUUUAGUGCAAGCACAUGUAAUAGAUAGGAAUCAAUGAUCCAUCAAGAAAACAGCUAUAGUGAGUCCUUGGACUUACACAGCUAUAAAACCUAAGACCAUGAGCUCCAGAACCAAUUGAUUGAGCCUGUGAUGGUAGCAUGGUGGCUUUUUGAUAAGUGCGUCAUGUAAAGAAAAACAAUUUAAUUUGGGGGUUGUUUCGUGGUGUUGUGGUCGGGUACGAUCACCAAAUGGCUCAAUACAAAAAAAGCAAUACCCAUGACACAACACAAAAAAGAAUCAACAAUGGUUUCCACAACACCAAAAAACACCUAAUGAUUGGGAUGAAAGAAGAAUACAUAUGAUGGAUCCUGUUCAUGAUGGAGAGAGAAGAAGUUUGUGUGUCCGAAGGGAUGGAUAAGAGGCAUGAUUUUUGCAUUAGGAAAUUUAUGUGUCUAAGAUCUGGGACACACAGCUGGAUGAAUCAGUGAGAAUAGUACAUGUCUUUAUGCAUUGAACCUUGCUUUACUUACAGAAUGUCUCCUUUGUCGGCUAUGGAGUGGCUCUUGCAACAUGAAAGUGAUGCCGACAUUGAUGAACCUUUAGUGAUUGGAGCUAGGACCAGUAGAACUCGCAGAAAAAGAAAAGAGUUUGUUCCAAGCCCUCGGGUUGGUUUUCGUACAUUUUACUUAAUAAUUCAGGAAGGACUAUUUAUGACAAUAUAUUUUAAAACAGUUGCUUGUUUUGGUGGCAGAUUAAAAGAACUUUUAAAGUCUGUAGAAAUUUAAGAUUGUAACAAUCAUGUGUAUACCCUGGAUACCAGAGGAUUUUUAUAAAGGUCAUGAGAAAGACUUCAUCGAAGCUACUGUAGAAACUGUGCAUAAGAAACAAAAUUAUAGAAAAAAAUGAUAAUGAAAUGGCAGAAAUGAAACAAACAAACAAGGUAUUACACUACUUGUAAAGUCUUUUUCUCAAAAAAAAAUUUGCUAGGAUUGUUAAUUGUCUGAUCAUUCUAGGCUUUGCUGUAGUUACAUGUACUGUUUUUAGCUUGUCGUCUUUUCUGCUCACUUUCCCUGGCUUGACAAAGGUAUUUUGUAACAAUAACAUUGUGCUGGGUUCUCUUAAUUUGCAUAAAUUAUUAUUGUUUUUUUGUUCCAGGCUGUAAAUAACUUAAAAGAAAUGGGAUUUCAAGAGGAAGAAAUCAUCAUGGCACUUAAAGCAACUGGGAAUAACCAGGAAGCAGCUGUGAGUCUUAAACAUGCUGCUACAUGUAUACCAGGAGUUUGCUAUUACUUAUGAUUAUCAUAGUUAUGGAGUUGUGCCCAUUCCCCCAGGUAAUUUCCAUUCCUCCACCCAUCCCACACCUAUGGUUGUUUUAUGUCCUCUCCCCAGAUUACUCUUACCACUAAAUACAAGAGGAAAGCUUGAAUGUUGAGUGAUUACCAGCACAAAAAGUAGAGGAACUGUUUACUGCCUAUAGCUUUAGAAUAUAACCUGUGGACAAUCAGUGGGCCCAGUAGUUUAGUAAACUUACCAUUAAAAAGAUAACAUAAAGCAAUGAAAGAGUAUUGGUUUGCGACCAAAAUUUGCAGUGAGAUUAAUUUCUAAACUCACUGAUUACAUUCAUGUUUGUGUGGUAGUGUGAUUGGUUGUUAGGGGACAGACAAGGUGGCAUGGAAGACAUCAAUCAAGGCUUAGAGCAGUCAAGGUACAUGGCUAACAACUUCUUUUUUUUGUGAAGCUGGAACUUCUCUUUUAGCAGAUUACCUUAAAUGAUAUGAUUGACACCUGCCUCUUGUCUAUCUAAUGCUCCAUCAACAAUGUUAAGUUUGUAUUAGACACCCCUUUCUAAUUAAUGCCCCCUGUCUAAUAGACACUCCCCGUGAAAGUUACUCUAAAAUACAAGGAAUUACCGGUAGCAUAAAAGAGCAAAAUCACUCAAUUUAUUGAUCCUGAAAUUAUGAGGAUUCUGACUUUGAAGUUGAGAUUUGAAAGAGCGAUGGGGAUCUCUAGUUGACCUAGACGCAUCAAUAAUAUUGAUAGACUGGAUAUUUCGCUAUUUAACAUUUUUACCGAUAGCCUAUUUGUUGUGUACAGAUUGUUACAAAAAUGAAAAUAAAUACCUUUUAUCUUUUACAUGCCCCUUCUUAGACCCCUAAUAAUAAUAAUAAUAAUAAUAAUAAUAAUAAUAAUAAUAAUAAUAAUAGUAAAAUGCCCCGGGCAUCAAUCUGAUUAUAUGCUGUAUUAUAAAUUGGAAUGGGAAUCUUGAAAUGUCAGUGUCUGUUUAAGUUCAGCUAUUCUAGAGUUUGUAAAACAGAAAACUUUGCAGCUCAUGUCAUUGGAGGCAUUCCUUAUAUUCUCAAAAUACAUUAUUGUAAUGUUGUAGAUCGACUCAGUUGUUUAACAAACAGGUUUGCUCUAAUACUGGGUUGACUAUGAAUAAAUAAUGUAUCUAACCUUGGAUCUGGACUUUUUGUCCUUUGCACAAACAACUAACCUUUUAUGACGAAUUUCUUUGAAUAUUCAUCACAGAUUGAUUCUUUGACGUUCUAUAUUUUUAGUCCAUUGUACCAGGCAAUCAUGGAGAAUCCUUUAGUACAACUCAGCCUUAAUAAUGCACGAGUACUCGGAGGUAAGUGACUAUGCCAAUUUUUUCAAACAGAUAUUUUGCAUAGUUGGGGUGUGUUUGUAAACAGUAGUAUUGUCAUUUGAUAAUUGGGUUUUUUUCAGCUUACCGGUACAUGUAAAGUCAUGUCUGCCAACUUUCUCUUUACAAACUCUUGUAUAACACGAACGCCCCCUAAAAUGGACACCCUCUCUUAGUCAUUAUACUUUUGUGCUGGUACCUAGUCUUUUCACUCCAUUGGAUAUCCUUGGAGACGCAGCUAAUCGAAACAGAAUGUUCACGGUCAAAAUUAUUGCAGGCAAAGUGGGUGAGCUUGGGGCACAUACUGUUAUCAAACCAUUUCCUGAAGAAUUUGAGCUGUAUCUAGUUUACUGUAGGUAACCGGCUGCCUGUUUGCUCUUAGCUGUCUGAGGAUGUCUUUAAUGUGGACAGCUCCCCAAAAUACACACCAGGUUUCCCAUAGUCAUGGGAAAACCUGGAAAGUCAUGAAACUGAGAAUCCCAUUCCUCUAGGUUUGAAAAGUCAGGCAAUUUUAGUGUCAUGUUCUGUUGUUGUGAUACAAAAUCUUUAAUGCUGGGUUUCACUAUAUGAGCCAUGAAGUUACUUUUUUGAAUUUGCCUUGGUGACUCAACACGAUGACAGAAGAUGAAACAGGACUAACGUCUCAAUAUUGUUAUCAAUCCCUUCAUUACCCACCCAGCCCAAGUAAGGUUGUACCACACCACCAGGGUGUACGUCCCCUACUCUUUACGAACAUGUCUGGGUUCUUUUAUAUCCCAGAAAAAUCAGAACGGUGGAAGAGUUGUGUGAUGGGGCCCAUAUUUUUUGUCCUUAUCCGAGAAGACUAGAGUGUCUAACCAUUUGUAGAUGUCACAACAAAGGAAGCACAUUCUCCUCAGUUAUAAUUUUAAGACCCUGAGUGUUGGUCCGUUAUGGGUUUGAACCCGCGACCUCCUGCUCAGCAGAGCGGUGCUCAGUUAUCCAAUAGGCCACUUUCAAUGUAUAAAAAUUCAGCAUGAUUGCAAGUCUUAGUGGACACAAACAAAGAAACGGAAUAAGCAUGAAUAAUCAUAGUUUAUUCAUUUCAUGCCAUAUUAAAAGUUGAAAAAUCCCCCUGGAUCUGCUUUUGUGUGGUUUGUGCGUAUUAUGAUCAUUGUGUCUUUGCAGCAUUUGAGGACAUGCUGGAUAACCCUUCCUCGAGUUCAUUCUACAUAAACGACCCAGAAACUGGACCUGUGUUACUUCAAGUCUCGCGAAUAGUGCAGGGAUUUGCCAGAUGAUAGCUGAUGUUGGCACUAACUGAUAACUGUACAUACCUCGCUUAAAGCUCAGAGCUUGGGAUUUCAUGAAUCAUCACUCUUGAUGCUCAUACCCCUUGCAGUCAAGAAAUGUCAGAGUACUAUCAAGACUAGUUAUAGCUACUUCAUGUUGUAUUCAUUUUUUUUGCUGGUUAGCAAAAGUUGCAAGGCAGCAUGCUGUGGCUGAUUUUAAAAGGUUAGCUGACUAGCUUGAGACCUCAAAUAAAACCCUGAGCGUUUUGUUUAGGGUACACCAUGAUUCAUGGAGGAGAUAAAUUGCCUUCCAAUUUAUGGUAUACAGUGUAUCUUCUGUCUAAUAAGAUUAUCGUUUGCCUAGAGAAGUGCCAAGUUUGCAGCAAAAACACUGUGUAAAUAGCAAAGCAAAUAGUCUCAGAACCACAG